AUGGCAGCCCCUCAAUCCGAAUCAAACGAUGUUAUCCUCGUACCCAAAACGUUUUCUCCCGCAACAUUCGAGCAAGCAGUUGUGGACAGAUACAAGCAGCUGCGACUGCAUGGCCUGAGAGUCGAUCCUCGAUCAUUCUCUUCAACUUACGAGGAUGAAUCCCAGUUCUCCGAUGAUGUAUGGCUAUCACGCAUCCACAACCCAGUUGGCAAGACCUUUGCCGCUGUGACAACGCCCGACACUCAGCCAGAAACAUCCACAGUUGAAACACGUGUCCCAAACUAUGAUGCCAAAGAUACACUUCAAAGGUUAUUGCGGAAAGAAUGGGUAGGCAUCGUGACGCUGAUGGGUCCAGGGGUAUUCUCUAGGCCAAACGAAGGCAUCACGACAGGGCUGAACCAGCCAUACGAGGUUUUCAUCAAGGACAACAAGUACCAACUUCCACUGGUCACAUCCGAGCUGGGUGAUCUGAGCGGCGCACACCUGGUUUACUUGAUUGUGGGCAUGUUUGUUUCGCCUACAGCCCGGCGACGAGGACACGGGCAGCGUCUAAUGGAGGCGGUGAUUGCAGCUGCUACCGAGGAAGCUCGCGUACUUGGAGGACACAAACUUAGCAUAACCGUGCAGGUCGAAUUUAGCAAUCUCCGUGCACAGCGAUUGUAUGAGAGAGUGGGUUUCCAGGUGGUGGAUGAAGAGGUAGAGAUUAAAAACCGGAGUGGAGUCAAGUCGACUGUGGUGUGCUUGGAGAUGGUGAUUGAUUUGUCUAUUCUGGAUGCGAAAUCCUCUUGA